UGGCCUCAGCCUUAUAAAAUGGUUAAUUUAACUCUCUCAUCUUUUAUCGUUGUAGACAAUUACAAUGUUAUUUGAUGAAAAAGUUAUACAUCAGCAAAUUGAUUGAAGUAAUAGUCAAUGAUCUUGGCAUUGUUUAAGUUGUUUUCCUUUAAUAAAAUGAUCCCCGAGCUUUGUCUUCCUUUCUCCUUUUCUUCAUUGGGGGAAUUAGAAAAGGAUGUUGCGUUGCUGAAGCGGGUUCAGGCGUUCGUUAGGACUCAGAAUAUUGGUGCUCGUGCAGCUGGUCACAUCUUCAGCAAGAUCGGGUUCGCUAUAGCUAGAGGGAGGGAGGUCCAGAUUAUAUCUCGGCUCCCCACUAAUUUCUUGUAAUUUUUUUGACUCUGUAGGUUUUUGAAAUUUUUUAUAAUAAUAAUAAUAAUAAUAUAGUCAACGGUUGUUGUAAUAUAGUUGAUAACACCAAUACCUAGGGCUUUUUUUUUAAUUGUGUUACAUGCAAUAUUUUUUUUUACUUCUGUUGAAUUAAGUGUCAUAUAAAUGUGACAGAAAGAAUUUAAGUUUAUGCAUGCAACUCCUCUUUAAUUUGCUUACUUUCAGAAUUCAGUUACUCUUCUCUUUCAUCUUCUCUGGUCCUUUGCUCUGGUUCAACAACCUUUUUAUUUGAGGAAUGGCGACGGAUCAAUUUAAGGUUGUGGUAGCUUCAAUAAGGCGCAAGAUUGAUUUGAUGCCCUCAUCUCCCUCUAGCUUCAUUAAGGUGCCUGAAUAUAUUCGGUUGGUUAAGAAAGAAUGUUAUGAGCCUUUAGUGGUUUCAAUUGGUCCUAUCUACUAUAAAAACACAUCCUUAGAACAUUCACAAGAGAUAAAACUAAGGGAUUUUAUAUUCUUCCUAAACCUUAUUAGCCAAUUUAAUUAUGGUUUACAAGAAUGGUACAACAUCAUAAAAGGAAUGGAGGAGAAAACUCGAGCUUACUAUCAAAACAAAAUAGAUCUUUCUAGCAACGAGUUCAUCGAAAUGCUAAUGAUCGAUGCUGCAUUCAUCAUCUCUUUAUUUAUAUUCAUCAGCGAUGAAAUUCCAUGUGAAAAUUAUGACAUUAGAAAUAAGCUAGGAUUUUUUGCUAAAAUGAAUCGAGAUUUAUUUCUCGUAGAAAAUCAGCUCCCUUUUUUUGUUCUCAAUGAUCUAUUCAGUACCAUAUUUGGGGCAUUCUACCCUCUAGUUUCUUUCAUGGAUCUUACUUAUAAUUAUAUAAAUAGCGAAUUCGGUUUAUCUAGCAAAAAGUCUGUAAGUACAACAUUAAGAGGGAAUAAAAUAGACAAAGAAAUGAACGUCGAGCAUCUAGUUGAUUUCUUGAGGAUCUACUACUUGCCUUCCAAACUUCGCGAGGUUGGCCAAAACUACAACACCACUGAACACAUUAAGUAUCCUAUGACUGCCAAAGAGUUGAAAGCGGCCGGAGUAACAUUUGUGGCAAUUGACGGUGAUAAACAGCUUGAUAUUACAUAUUCGAAAGGUAAGUUGAAGAUUCCAAAAUUGUUCAUUCAAGAUAUCACUGAAGCCAUCUUCCGCAACAUCAUAUUUUUCGAACAAAGCCACUAUCAUCUCGAUUCUUACUUUAUAGAUUACAUGAUAUUUUUUGAUGACUUGAUUGAUUCUCCCGAAGAUGUGCAAAUUCUAGUGAAGAGCAAUAUUAUCGAGCAUUGGCUUGGGACGGAUGAGCAAGUCGCGACUGUCAUCAAUAGUAUAGUCAAGCACAUAUCGAUAUAUUCUCGUAACUUCUAUUACAAUGAAGUUUGUCAUAAGUUAAUUGCCUUUGCUUCCAAGAAGCGGAAUAAAUGGAAGGCUAUUUUGAGGAGGAACUACUUCAAUCAUCCAUGGUCAAUCACAUCUGUUAUAUAUUUAGUCAUCCUACUUAUUCUCACUGUACUACAAGUUUACACUGGUUUCAUGUAGUACUAUUACUUUUAUAUAUUUUAUAAGAGCUUUCUACUCCCUCCGUCUUGCUAAUUUCUACUCAUUUUCCAUUUUCAUUCGUUUUUCUAAUUUUCUGACUUCUAUUGUAACGUAUUGUAUCGAUUAUUUUUUCAA